AUGUUGUUGAACGGCCUAUUCAUUGCCCUCCUGACACUGCAGGGCCCGGUGUUGGUUUCGGCCCAAGACUCCUUGACCGAGAAAGUAUGGGGAGUCUUUGCAUUUACUGUUCAUGGAGAGAACAAGCCAAGCGCCAUUGCCAGUUCUCAGACAUUGACAGAUAAUGGAGCUAACGACUUGGUCGCAGCUGGGUCGGCCUUCCGGUCUCGUUAUGUGUCGACAGCCGGGGGCUCUGGAACUGGGAUCCAGAACAUAUCGCCAAUCAUUCUAGAUCCAAAUGACGUGGAUGUGCUCUCGACUACGGAUCAAAGCAUCGUGGGCUCCGCGCAAGCAUUCAUGCAGGGUUUAUACCCUCCUCUUGGCUCCAUGGAUAUAUCGAGUACCCAAGGCGCGAAUGGAUCAACUGUGCAAGGAUCCUUGAGUGGAUACCAAUAUCCUCGGAUCGUCACUGUUGGCAAGGCAGACCCUCAGUCCCUUUUGGUGACAGGACAGACAGGGUGUAACAUGUAUGAUGCCGCUGAAGCCGAAUACCGUGAGAGUGAGGAAGUCGUGGAUAUCACCCGGGACACGGAGACCUUUUAUGAGAAGCUCCGGUCACUGGCAUUAUCUCGGGUCUAUGAUGAAUCAUCGGUAACUUAUACAAACGCCGUUCAAAUCUCAGAAUACCUGGAUUAUGAACUCGUGCACAAUGCCAGUUUGUUGGAGACUUUGAACGAAGCAGACGUCCGCCGUGCCCGCCUACUGGCGGACCAGUACAUGUGGAGCACAAACAGCCAAGAAUCAUCGUCCGGCGGGUCAACUAUCAAAGCAGCCAGACCAAUUGCCGGGCAGACGUUGGCAACGAGUAUCCUGGAAGCCUUCGAUCUCAAUGUCCAAGAAAGCGGUGACCGGCAGAAGAUGACGCUGCUCUUCGGCAGUGACGAACCACUGGUAGCCCUAUCGUCUCUGACGGGACUCGCAAGUCAAAGCCAGCCCAACUUCUUCUCUCGCUUAGUACGAGGGGGCUCAUUUGUGUUCGAGCUAUACAGCUUUGAGGACCGCAACAAUAUGUUCCCGUCAUACCCUGGAAUCGACAGCCUCUUUGUUCGGUUCAUGCUCCACAACGGGACAGACAAUUCCACCAACUUUGAAGCGUAUUCCCUCUUUGCACACGGACCCAGCCAUGCCUCAAUCCCGUAUACUGAGUUCCGUUCUGAGUUGGAGACGUUUGCCGUGACCACGGCCCAGGAAUGGUGUCUUCGGUGUAAUUCUGACGCUGUAUUUUGCAACGGUGUGAUGGAGCAGAGUGCGCUUGAGCCAACGACGAAGAAGGAUGUGUCUCCUGCGGUAGCCGGUGUCAUCGGUGCCAUCGUUACGCUUGUUGUUGUUGGAAUCACAGCAGCGAUUGGGUUCCUUCUGUGUGGUGUUCUCAAGAGAAGAUCCCAUAAAGGAAGCCUGGGAGGGUUUAAAGGCUCCAGUAAGCAUGACAGUGAUGUGGACGUGUCGUUUCACGAGCCUGUAUGGGGAGCCUCCACCAACAAUUCAGAACCCAAUGACCGCCCAAUCGGGGCUGUUGUACAAGGCCAUGAACGGACCGGAAGCUGGGAGAUGGAGCAGGGAAAAAUGAAACGCCAUGGGACGCAAGUGGAAUUGCCCGAGGAGAUGGAGGAGGAUUGGGGUGUGCUCAGUGGUCUUCAACCAGUGAAAAUCCGGGAGAGCGUAUAG